GCAGUCACGUGUCCCAGCUGUCCAGCCUGAGGCUUUUAGUGCGCUUGCGCCGCAGCGGGGCAGGGCAGAGUGUGUUUCCGCAGGGGUUCCUACGGCGGGAGCGUGCGCGUGGGCGUCGCGGUCGUCUUCUCCGCGCACAGCCUAAGAUGUGAUCAUGCCAGCCAGACAACUCCAAACCCUGGCAGGUUUGCACAGCAUAUCAUCAAAGGCUCAUCAGUGCCAGAGACUUACUAGGCUUACAUUAAGACCACUUACAAAAUUUGAAAGUACAGCAUGCCACAACAGCCUGACAAUACAGCAACAUUUAGACUCAUUCCUUCCGAGCAUAACAGCUGACAGUUUGAAUAAGCCCAAGAUCCCGGAAACGAGCCGGGUAAUAUCAAACGCAAGCAGACUCUUUCCGUUAAACGCUGUCCAUUGGUUGGAUAGAAAAGAACAUCGGCCAAGCAUGCAUGCCUUUGGGACUCACAGGAGCAUGACCCACAAACCAAAUUUCUUGUGUUCUAAGUGGUUUAUAAAAGCAGUGAAAAGGCAUCACUCGUCUGUAUCAAAUGAAGCCCUUGUUCCCAAACAAGACCUUCCACAGAUCAAGAGGCCACUGAAAGCAUCCCGGACCCGGCAACCAUCCAGGACCAACCUUCCAGAUCUGUCUGUGAAUGAGGACCUGAUGCAGUGCACAGCGUUUGCAACAGCAGAUGAAUAUCACCUGGGAAGUCUGUCUCAAGAGCUGGUCUCCUGUGGCUAUGUGGAAGUGACAAGCCUGCCUAGAGAUGCAGCAAAUAUUUUGGUUAUGGGUGUGGAGAGUUCUGCAAAAGAAGGCGAUGCCGGAACAAUUUUCUUGUUCAGGGAAGGAGCUGCUGUGUUCUGGAAUGUAAAAGACAAAACUUACCAACAGUAGUCACACUUCUAGGAUGGUGGGCCUUGGCCAUAGGGCUGUACCUUAACUCUUAGCAGUUCUUCCAGAAAUACCUCACAGCAGGAAGACAUUUGCAGCAGAAUUGAUGCCCUAAGAUGGCAGAGAAUGGAAAUCAUCACACAAGGAUAAAGAGUCAAGGUCUAUAAAUGAAUUGCACAUUCUCCUUUAAGGAGACUAGCAGUAAGAUCAAAAACUCAGAUGACAGCAGAUGCUGGCGAGGAAACGGAGAAAGAGGAACACUCCUCCAUUGCUGGUGGGAUUGCAUACUGGUACAACCAUUCUGGAAAUCAGUCUGGAGGUUCCUCAGAAAAUUGGACAUUGAACUGCCUGAGGAUCCAGCUAUACCUCUCUUGGGCAUAUACCCAAAAGAUGCCUCAACAUAUAAAAAAGACACGUGCUCCACUAUGUGCAUCGCAGCCUUAUUUAUAAUAGCCAGAAGCUGGAAAGAACCCAGAUGCCCUUCAACAGAGGAAUGGAUACAGAAAAUGUGGUACAUCUAUACAAUGGAAUACUACUCAGCUAUCAAAAACAACGACUUUAUGAAAUUCGUAGGCAAAUGGAGGGAACUGGAAAAUAUCAUCCUGAGUGAGGUAACCCAAUCACAGAAAAACACACAUGGUAUGCACUCAUUGAUAAGUGGCUAUUAGCACAAAUGCUUGAAUUACCCUAGAUGCCUAGAACAAAUGAAACUCAAGAUGGAUGAUCAAAAUGUGAAUGUUUCACUCCUUCUUUAAAAGGGGAAUAAGAAUACCUGUGGCAGGGAAUAGAGAGGCAAAGAUUAAAACAGACACAGAAGGAACACCCAUUCAGAGCCUGCCCCACAUGUGGCCCAUACAUAUACAGCCAUCCAAUUAGACAAGAUGGAUGAAGCAAAGAAGUGCAGGCCGACAGGAGCUGGAUGUAGAUCGCUCCUGAGAGACACAGCCAGAAUACAGCAAAUACAGAGGCGAAUGCCAGCAGCAAACCACUGAACUGAGAACAGGACCCCUGUUAAAGGAAUCAGAGAAAGAACUGGAAGAGCUUGAAGGGGCUCAAGACCCCAUAUGUACAACAAUGCCAAGCAACCAGAGCUUCCAGGGACUAAGCCACUACCUAAAGACUAUACAUGGACUGACCCUGGGCUCCAACCUCAUAGGUAGCAAUGAAUAGCCUAGUAAGAGCACCAGUGGAAGGGGAAGCCCUGGGUCCUGCUAAGACUGAACCCCCAGUGAACGUGAUUGUUGGGGGGAGGGUGGCAAUGUGGGGAGGAUGGAGAGGGGAACACCCAUAAAGAAGGGGAGGGGGAGGGAUUAGGGGGAUGUUUGCCCGGAAACCGGGAAAGGGAAUAACACUCGAAAUGUAUAUAAGAAAUACUCAAGUUAAUAAAAAAAAAAAAAGAGAGACUAGCAGUGAAGAUGUCCAUAUGUAUAGUAUUGGAGUGGUAGUAUUGCUAUCCGCUAAACUUCCUGAAAGACACACGUACACACACACACACACACACACACACACACACAGUCUUCUAUCAACAUAAUGGCUGACACACUCCUCAGGUAUUCCUGAAUCAUUACUUACUAAAACCUAUGUUCUAUCUUGGCACACACACACACACACACACACACAGUCUUCUAUCAACAUAAUGGCUGACACACUCCUCAGGUAUUCCUGAAUCAUUACUUACUAAAACCUAUGUUCUAUCUUGGCACACACACACACACACACACACACACACAGUCUUCUAUCAACAUAAUGGCUGACACACUCCUCAGGUAUUCCUGAAUCAUUACUUACUAAAACCUAUGUUCUAUCUUGGCCACCAUGGACCCAGGCCAGUAACCCUCAUGGUCCACAAUCCCCAACUCUUACACAUUGGCAGCAUCUUGGUCUCUGCCCUACACUUCUCAGGCAGGGACCUUCUCCUUUCAGGGCAAUGACCAUUCUCUCCUUCCCUUGAGUUCUUCUCCUCUCCUCCCCCCACCCCCAAGGAACCUCAAAGUCCUGCCUCUGUCUCCCUGCUCAGCUAUUGGCUGCUGCCAACUAUUUAACAAUUAGAACCAGCUUGAGGCAGGGACCAUCAGUAUCUUACAUGCAGACAUGCGAGUUGUAAUUUGGGAUAACUCAGCUAACAUAUAUAAGCAGUAAACCCAGUCUACAACAUAGUAUAAUUCCAUUCAUAUAAGAAACAGAUUACACUUAUGAUGUUCAUAGAAACCAUGUGGAUACAUGUAGGAUCUGUCCUUAGCCCUGCAGAACAGAUAUGUAAAGAUUAUUUACGAGGUUUAAUCACAGUUACCUCAGGAUCAGGACUCAGGACCAUUUUCCCCCUUUAUGUUGCUUUAGCUUUUCUUAAAUUUAGCUUAUGUAUGUGAGUGGUUUGCCUGCCUGUUUGUAUAUGCACCGUGUCAAUGCUGGGUGCCUAAGGGAGUCGGAAGACAGCAUCAGGUCCUCAGGAACUGGGUUACAGUUUGCCACCAUGUGGGUGCUGCAAACUGAACCUAGGUCUUCUGCAACAAAUGAGGUUAACCAAGGAGCCAUCUCUCCAGUCCCUGUUUCUUUAGUUUUCACAAAUAAUUUGUCUGUACUUUUUUUUUUAAGAGACUUAACAAAUAAACUGUAAUAUUAGGAAUGGUUUUUCUUUCCAUUGCUGGAUAAUGGUAAUUUUUAUUUUCUUUAUGCUCAUCUGCUGUUUCCAGAUGUUGAAAUAAAUAAAUGUACGUCCCGUCAGUUAGUUUUACUACAUCCCAUCUGUUAGUUUACUUCUCAUAGUGAACUUGCCUUUUCUUUAAAGCUAAGACUCAGAAAACGUGCUCCUAAGAUAGUGGACGCCAUCAUGAGCAAAUCAACCCACAUGGUUUACAAGGGAGUUGGUGUGACGCAAACGAAUGUCCUUCUCUCCUAGA